UAUACAAUAUAAAUGCAAGACAAUAUCACAGAGGAACACACAGUUAAAACAAAAGUUGUUGUUAAAUACAUAAAAUAAAAAGGUAAAUUUUAACAGCUAUUUGACUUUAAGAGCACAGUGAGUAAAUUAAUGCGUAUGCCUAUGCCAAGGAUAACCCAUGAAAGCCGCAUGGCUUAUUUCCAAUGGGGUCCUUCUGAACUAUAUCCUAUAAGGGAUAUAGCCCUAGAUUCUGUGCUUGUUGACAUGUUCUACUUGUUUAUAAACAAUCCAGCUUAACGUCACACGUACAAAGUCCCGUGAAUACUAUCUUAACAGUGACGAAUCGUCAUACCCCGACACUAGUAUUAAUCAAAUUUUCCUUCUUUUUUUUUUUUUUUUUACAAGGACAUCAAUUUCACAUCUUUCAGAAAGCUUAACAUUUAAUUUCUUCACAUGAUUAUUGUACACCGAAUACAAAAGAAGUCCCUAAUAAAUUGUUAUUAAAUUAUGACAGUUAACAGUUCCGCAUGGCUAGGUUUACGUAGAACAAAUGACACGAUGCCGUAAGCAAUGUAUUAAUUUAUCCAUGUUGGGUGAAUUUCUCUAUGUUAACUGUGUGGUUACUAUUAACAUACGUUCAGUAUUUCCUGGUGAAUUUUUAUCUCAAUUUCUUCAUAUCUCUUGAGAGACGGAUCAGGAAAAAAGGUUAAAGGAUCGUGAUUGAUUUUCUUUUUCUCAGUGAAACAUUACGGAUUAUUUCACCACGGAUUCCCAACGUGAGGAUCAGAAAGCGGAGGAUAAAAUGACUCUCACGUCAUAUCCAUCCUCCUGGAGCUUAACGUCCCACUCCCCACUCAUCAAGAAACGCCUCUCUCGGUCCGAUUCCGCCGGGUCACUUCCCGACAACAUCCUAGAUAAGAGAGACGCCAAGGGUAGAACAACCUUCUUCAAUGCCACGAAGGUGGGAGAUAUAAACGAGGCGAAACGGCUGUUAAACGCAGGGUCAGAUGUCAAUAGGGGUGAUAUCUACAAGGUCACUCCGCUCCACGAGGCCGUGGAAAGGUCAAACUCACAGAUCGUCGAAUUUCUCGUCUCAAAAGGUAGUGACCUAAAUGCCAAGACGAUUCUGGGACAGACACCAUUAAUGAGAGCCGUUCUCUACGACGACAUCGACCUAGUCAAGUAUCUACAAAAAGCAGGUGCCAAAGUCGAUGAAAGGGAUUGCACAGGUAAAACUGCUCUUCUCAUAGGAAUCCAAGAGGGACGAACUGAAGCAUGCGCAUAUUUAAUCAAAAGCGGAUGUGACGUAAACAUAUAUGAUCGCUUAGGACACACAGCCAUGAUGGUGGCUCUGAGAGGAGGAAAGACGUCCAAUUUCUACAUCGGACGUAAACUUGUCAAGCAUGGCUACGAUUUGAAAAGAGACGAAAAAUGGAUGACACCGGAGGAACUAGAGUCGGUUAGUGUGAAGCCAAACGUUGUAGACAAAAUCUGCUCAAAGCUUGGAAUUACACUGAAGAGAAGUCCGUCCAGUGCCAGCAAGAAAGACAGGGGCGAGAGCAACUGACAUUGAUUUAGAGACGUCUGACUACACCAUCACACCAAGGAAUGGCUGCUGUAGCACUAACAGGAACCCAGUGCUUUCAAAUGUUCUACACCCACUUAUACAUUAAUACGAUAUCACAAGUGCUUAAGUGUAAAUAACGGGAACUUCGGAUUUAGAUAUCUGCGUAUUGACAAAAAGACGAACAUUGUCAUUUUCAUUAAGAGUCAUUAUAUCCUAAGAGAAGUGAUGUAUAUCCCUACAUUAAGCGUGUUGUUUUAUGAAUCAUUUUACCAAUUUUACCAACUUCUACAAAUCAAAACACAAAGAAUGUCAUAAUGUCAUUUAUUUUCUAUGCAUGCAUGUAUAUUAUCAUCACAGUUAUUUAUACUCUAGAAUUAAUAGUUUUAUAAUUCUGCUAUCACAUGUCUUCAUUCUCAGUUCCACAAAAAACCUUAUAAUGACUUAAACCCGACUUAGGACCGUUGAUUUCUUCAUGAUUUGCAAAUUUCUGAGUAAGCACACUAAGUAUAUCACUAUGAUAAUCCUUGCCUAUUUGAUUAUGUUCACCUCGAUAGUCUUCAGAUUUCUCCAUUGUGCGCUCUCCAUUUUAUUUACCGUUGAGGAGUGCGUCAAGCAGUUCAUAGAUUCAAAAUUCAUCUUCAUCAGCUAACACAAAUUGAUAACGUUGAAUUGACAAUGCAAAUUUUGUUUAAGCUAGAUCUUGUUAUCGUUUUUAAUCAAUGGCGUUAUAUUAGCACUAAAUACAAAGACUACAUAUAAUGUGCAAUCACAUAAAAUCUCAAUCUAAUACACAGCGCAGAUAAAAGUAAUUAAUGUAGCACUUGCAAUAUGCAACACAUGAAUGUGUUUCAUAUAAAAAUGGUGGGCAUGAAAAAUCCGACACCUGCUGGAACUUACGAAACAAUAUACUUGAACAAUAGAUGAAAAUCUUUUUUCUGUAAAACAUUCACUUUUUGAAAUUUCUGUGUAUACUACUGCCUCUGUGAUAUUCUUAUGAAUAUAAUAUAUAUAUAUAUAUAUAUAUAUAUAUAUAUAUAUAUAUAUAUAUGUACAUCUGUAAAAUUCAUUAAAUUUUUAUGUAUCCCAAAGAAUGUGUACAGGAAAAAUAAAGAGUUAAAACAAAGUGA